AUGGCAUUGUCUGCUCCGUCACCCGGGCCAUCAGCCUCGCCAGCUCCGUCCACGCCUGCGACAGAUUUGACCAAAGUGGACUCUUCUUCUAGGCCGCUACGAAUACGAACCAUCCGGUUUGGCGAGUACGACAUACAGACCUGGUAUGACGCGCCCUUCCCAGAAGAAUAUGCGAAUAUUUCGGACGGACGCUUGUGGAUCUGCGAGUUCUGCCUGAAGUAUAUGAGAAGUCGCUUCCAAGCAGUGCGACAUGCGACGAAGUGCAAGGCUCGACAUCCGCCUGGGGACGAAAUCUAUCGAGACGGGUCGGUGUCCAUCUUCGAGGUUGAUGGUAGAAGAAACAAAAUAUACUGCCAAAAUCUCUGUCUCCUUUCGAAGAUGUUUCUGGACCACAAGUCUCUUUUCUACGACGUGGAGCCUUUCUUGUUUUAUGUCAUUACAGAAGUAGAUGACGUUGGCGCACGAUUUGUCGGGUACUUCAGUAAAGAGAAGCAUAGCCCGAAGGACUAUAAUGUCAGUUGCAUAAUGACCCUGCCUGUUCGCCAGCGGAGGGGGUGGGGAAACUUGCUGAUAGACUUCAGUUACCUUUUAUCCAAGAAGGAACGUCGUGUUGGUUCACCGGAGAAACCUCUGUCUAGUUUGGGAGCUCUAAGUUACAGAAACUACUGGACAUUAGCUAUCAUGCAAUACUUGAGGACUGCUCCGGACAACCCAAGACUGGAAGGUAUGCGCUCGUGUUUGCUCCUGCGGAAUCCAAUUCUCAACCCGGCCCAGAUAUCAGUGCGGCCACGUCUAUGA